AGAAGAAGAAGAAGAAGAAGAAGAAGAAAAGACUAACAGGCAAUUUGAUCCGAGGUUUUCUUUACGGUUUUUAUUCUCUUUUAUAUUCAGCGCAUGCGCGGUAGCCCUUCGUAAGUGCGUUGCCAGCUAUCUACAGUACUUGAAUAGAGAAGCGUCCAGUGGCUGUGCUGCAGAAAAACAGAUCAGUCCAAUAAGAUACAACAUUCAGAGACAUGCUUGCUUUUUUAUACAUGGAUAUACAACGUUUUUUUGUUUUGUUUUUUACAGGAGAGGAAGUGCAAGGGGGGGCAAACAGAGAGACUGAAGGGGUCACAGGAGACGGAGAGAUGAAGCCAGAGACAGGAGAGGAAGUGCAAGGGGGGACAAGCAGAGAGACUGAAGGGGUCACAGUGACAGGAGACAAAAAGUUAGAGACAACUCCAGGAGAGGAAGUGCAAGGGGGGACAAACAGAGAGACUGAAGGGGUCACAGGAGACGGAGAGAUAAAGCCAGAGACAAGAGAGGAAGUGCAAGGGGGGGCAAGCAGAGAGACUGAAGGGGUCACAGGAGACGGAGCGAUAAAGCCAGAGACAGAGAGUCCUAAACCUGUGGUGAUUAUAAAGCCUGAUACACAGGUGUUCAGAGAAGAGACUGUGACUUUCAGGUGUGAAAUACAGGAAGGAGGAGAAACUGAGUGGACGUACGACUGGUAUAGGGACAAUAACACAUUCAACCCAUCCCACACAACACAGGAGUUCAUCAUCAGUGAUUAUGACAGUGGUGAAUACACCUGCAGAGGGAGGAGAAGUAACUCUCAGAUCUCAAAGACGAGUGAUCCUGUUACACUCACUGUAUCAGCGAUUACCAACAAGUGGCUAAAUGGGACUACAGACGCUGUCUGGGAUAUUAAACACCAUCACACUGAACAGGAAAACUCCUCUACUACAGCCUCGUGGAUGGGCCAAGAUGGCAGCUGA